GGCACCAGAAAAGUGAAGUUACACGAAAAAAAUCCAGCUGAAAGACCUACAGUUCUGUCAUGGGAACAGAGAAACAGUUGUUUAUUACCUGAAGAUCUCAAAAAUUUCUAUUUAUCCAGUAAUGGGUUUGAUCUAACAUGGUCAGUACAUAUAGACAAUGGUGAAACACCAGUCGGUAGAAUGCAUAUUCAUCCUUUAAUCCAAGUAAAUAAACUAAAUACAUCAAUAGUUAGUGGUAAUACUAAUCUAGUUCAACCAUCAUUAGCUGAUUUAGAAACUGAAUCUGAUGAUGAAGAAAUUGGAGGUAGGGAAAAACCUAAAUUUUGUGGAUCAAAUGGAAUUUAUGAGUUAGAUGACUGCAGUGGGUAUGGAAAAGUUUGUAUAUAUAUCAAGAAAAAAUCAGGUACAAAUGAAUCACCAGCUGAGGUAUGGUUUCUUGAUAGGAGUUUAAGGUGGCAUUUCUUAGCAGAUUCCUUUCUGGCAUACUUUCGUCUUAUGUUAAUGCAUCUAGGUCUACCUCAGUGGCAGUUUGCCUUUACAGAUAUUGGUCUUAGUCUUCAAGCAAAGGUAAGAAAAUUUGUUGCCUGA